AUGGUGAUGUCUCUGGAUCAUUUACCGGAGGAAAUUCUUCAUGCGAUUCUGUGCUAUUUACAUCCGCGCUCCGCCGCAGCCUUGGAGCAAACGAGUCGCCGGUUCAAGAGUGUGACAUCGGUCCCUUUGCUAUGGCGUCACUACUGCGCAUCGCAUUUCAAGUCGUGGGACAGAAAACAUGAUAUUCUUCACAAAAUCGUCGCGCCCCCAUCAGAGGUGAAUUGGAAGGCGCUGUUUGUGUUAAGGUCAGAGACGGAUCGAGCUGUGACUCGGCUUCUGGAUAGUAUCCUCGCCAGUCAAACCGGGCGCAUUGAAAAAUUCCGCGCCGUCAUCGAUUUUGGUUACGAUGCGAAGGAUACGCUCGUGCGACAUAGUGAGGUAGAGUCGGGGGAGGACUACCUGGCGAGGAGGUUUGACUCCCCUGCUGACGUUUACGUGCACUGUCGCUCUCGGUACUACGCGCGAGCCCUCUUAACGUGUCUUCACCGGAGCAUCGCUGUACCCGAAUGGGCUAAGCUCAGACGCGGUGAACCAGUUUCGCUGGAACGUGCGCUGGGUGCUUUUGACCUCUUCAUUCCGGAAAGUGGAUAUGGUGAUUUGGACGAGAUCAAGCACACCUUGGACGACCUCGUGAUCCAAUAUCAGGCCGCUGAUCCCGAAUCACGCACGUUGACACCUCGCCAGCAAGCGCUUUCUCUUUCGUCGUGGUUGCGUGACCACGAUCUCACCGGAAUCGAGAUUGGUCGAGAAUAUCACGCUCUUGAACAUAAUUUCUUGGGCUUGGCUUUGAAUAGUCAAGGACACAACUCCUUGCCACUGAUCUCCGCGGCCAUUUAUUGUUAUGUGGCUCGGGAAAUUGGUCUGAAUGCCCAUCCAUGUGGAUUUCCAUUUCACGUACAUGUUAUCGUGACUCCCAACCCGGGAUUCGAUAUGAACGGAGAGGCUCUGUCAGGCGGAGAGAUCGGGACUCCAAUGUAUCUGGACCCCUUUCGAGGCGCCCGCGAAACUCCGCUCGCCGACCUACGCGACCAACUUGUCUUCCUCGGCGCUUCGGAAACAGAACAAGCGGCGUUUCUGGGGCCGUCGCAAACCUCUGAGAUCGUUCAACGGUGUAGCCGAAAUAUUUGGACGUCUAUUGACUCCGCAUCUCAGGGUGCUCCUGGGCAUACAUCGUCGGUCGAUGUAGUGAGUGCCAAGUAUGCUUCCCUGUGGUCAUCGAUGCUCUUGACGGGGAACUCGCGGCCCAUGGAUUUGCGCCAUCAUCUUCCAUUACUCAUGGAACUCUUUGCGACCGAUUUCCCGUCUGACAUCUUUCUGGUGGAGCAGUACAUUGUGCCUCUUUUCCAAGGUCUUUUUGAACAUGAGCACAUCCUGGAAAGUCUCCAUGUGAUGCGAGCCGUCGACGAGAUUCCAAAGCAGGUUCGCCGACGAACGGGCGAGAACCAAAACAUUCGGUUCAUGGUGGGCCAAGUUUUCCGCCAUCGUCGAUACCACUACCGUGCCAUUAUUACCGGCUGGGAUCGGGAAUGUGGCGCCGGUGAACAAUGGAUGCGGCGCAUGGGCAUUGAUCGAUUGCAGGCCGGUCGCCAUCAAAGCUUUUACCACGUCCUUUCUCUCACAACGUUCAGGGUGGAGGACGGCAGUGUACGAUACGUUGCGGAGGAAAACAUCGACCUUAUACUCCCCGUGCUGAGUGACUUGCCUACGGGACUGACGAGCAUUGCAGGCAAGCACUUUAAGCGAUGGGAUGAGGAGAGUCGAGCAUUUGUCAGUAAUAUGAGAGACGAAUACCCCGAUAAUUAA